UACAAAAGGCUUGCAAGAACCAGCACCACCAUUUUGCCUGAAGAUGGGUUUGAUACAGGGUGGUCUGCUCUUACUUUUUGUGGUUUCUACUUUGAGCCAAAGAGAUCUAGUAAUUGACUGUAAAGCCAAUACGGUCACUGUUAAAUGGAGGCCUGCUUUGAACUCGGCUCAAAAAGUAGAUAUUUCUCAAGCUCUUCUGGGUAGAUGUCGACCAUCCAGUGUGGCUGAGAAUGUUCUGCUGUUCUCUGUUUGGAUCCAUGACUGUGGCUUCAGAAGACAGGUGGUUGAGGACAAGGUGACCUACACUAAUCUGCUGACAUAUGGACUAGACUCUGGAGUUCCUUCCAUUGUAAAGCGAGUGGAGUGUAUUUAUGACUCGUCUGGGAAGACGACGUACUCAGAAAAGGCUAAGAAUGACCUUGUCUUCACCCUGGAGUUCAUGAACAGUGAUUUCACUGAGCCUGCCCAAUCCUCCAUGUUUACCCUGGACUCCAGAAUUCACAUUAAGGCUGAAGUGGAGCAGCAGGACUCUGAGAGUCUGCAGAUUUACCUGCAGAGCUGUGUGCUAGCAACAUCUCCAGACCUCCCUCAUGCCAGCCAGCUGCAUACAGUCAUUUCCAAUUCUGGGUGCCUCACUGAAAGCAAGGAAGGUAACUCUGCGUUCUUGCCAAGACGGAGGCCCUCCGAAAUCCUCUUUUAUUUUCAAGCCUCUGCCUUAGGAGAGAAUAUUUUCUUACACUGUGAGAUGGCGGCAAGGGAUCCCCAGAGUUUUAGUGCAGAUAUAAAGGCUUGCCAGUACAUGAAGGAGCAAAAGAGUUGGAUGCUUCUGGAUCACCCAUCUCAAAGCUACAUCUGUAGCUGCUGUGACACUGGAUGUACAACAAGAACCAACCUUGUACCUGGGACAACAACACAGAAGGUUCUUGGGCCCUUUGCAGUAGUUGAACCUCAGAACAAAACUUCCGGCACAUUCUGGACUGCUGAAGAAGAACUGUCUGGGGUCCCAGUAUGGGUGGUGGUGGUCACCGUCCCAAUGGUGCUUCUUCUAUUGGCAGGAGCCAUUGCAACUGGCUACUAUUUGUGCUUUUGGAGAGGUGGAAGAAUCGGAUACAGGCCUAGACGAGAUCUUCUCACCAAGUAUUAAGCCUCUUAAUAAAGAUGAGCAUUCUUAAAGGCCAAA